AUGUUUAAUUACUGGCUACCAACCGGCGAGUGCUUGGAAGACGAUUACCUUUUACGUCACAACGAGUACGACAAGCACUGUGAACCCCAUUACCUAGGUACUGGCAGUCGUCCAGAGGAGGUUUGUGAAAGGUUCUGCCGGCCACUCAAAGAACUCUAUCGGAAUCGCAUCCCGGGAUCGGGAUUCACGCGGGGGUCGGAACUGGUUGUUACCUCCAUCCCGAAACCGGCCUGA